CUGGCGGCUGAGGCCGGAGGCCCCGCCUCCGGCUCCAGCUCCAGCUCGGGCUCCGGCUCCGGCUCCUGCCCCUUCUCCCGCAUCCCGUCUCCUCCGUCUCCUCCUGCUCCUCUGGCCCCUCAGCCCCAGGUCCCCGGGGGCCGGCCGCUGGACGCCGCCCGCUCCCCUCCUGCUCCGGCCGUGGGCUUGUUGUUUCUGGGCGCUGCCUGCGCGGGAGGCAGGGAGGCGGCGGCGGGCGCGGCUUGGCCCCGGAGCCGUCGGGGAGCGGCGGCUUGGCCCCGGAGCCGUCGGGGAGCGGCGGCUUGGCCCCGGAGCCGUCGGGGAGCGGAGAUGAAGUACCUGAAGCCGUCCUGGGCGCGAGGCUGCGGCGGCCUCCUGCCCCUGGCCGUGCUGCUCAGCCUGGCGGGGCUGCGCGAGGAGCCGGAGCUCUACCUGCCGCCGCCGCCGCCCCGGAACCCCCGGGCCCUGCUGGGGAGCCCCAGCGGCGCCGCCCACGCGCUGCCGCCCUUCCGAGGAGGAGCCGUCGGGGGCUGGGGCCCGCGGCGCCCCAAGUGCCGGGACUCGGACUGGGCCUGGCCGCCCGAGGGGCCGCGGCUGCUGCGGGAGGUGCGCGCGCUGGGGGUCCCCUUCGUCCCGCGCACGCACGCGGAUACCUGGCUGGUGCACUGCGUGGCUGCGGCCGCGGGCGCCGACGGGCCCCCGAGACUGCUGGGGAACGCCGCCGCCGCCGAGGCGGGCGGGGACGCGGACCCCGGAGACCCCGGAGACCCCGGCGGCGGCGGCGGGCCGGCCCGAGGGGGAGACACGGACCCGGAGGCGGAGGCGCCCCCGACGGCUGCCCCGGCCUCGGGGGGCGGGGAGAGCGGCCGGCGCGGCGUCCAGGAGGGUGAUGGGGAUGACUCGGAUGUGGGCUGGUCCCUGGAAGACAUCUUCCCCCUGAUGACACCCCCGAUGGAGAAUUCCCCGGAGGGCAUCUUGUGUGGGCCCCUGCCGCCCCUCUGUAACAGCAGCGGCGACGGCGUGGACGCUCCCGGCCAGUACGGCAGGGACUUCAGCCAGGCGAUUAGCCACAACGUCAGCCUCCACGAGGCCAUGUUGUCGGGCCCCGACGGAUCCAGGAGAGACCCCCGGGCUGCCCAGCCUCAGGAAGCCUUCUCCCCGCUGAACUCCAGCAGCGCCCUUGCCCUCCCAGGGAUGGACUGGGCAGGACUUGUGCCUUCUGCCGAGACCAGGGCCAGGAGCCUGGCAGCCCAAGAUCUUCCCCUGGACUUUGACGACAAUAUCUUUGACGAGAUCAAUCUCCUGUCGCUCGCUAUGGAGGGGGGCUUUGACCCACUGGAAGUUUCCCAGCUUUUUGAAGAGCCCGAUUAUGAUUCUGGCCUUUCCUUAGACUCCAGCCACAGCAGCACUCCUGUGCCCAAUCCCGAGCCGGCGGCUUCCCCAUGGGAUGACGAAGGGGCCGUGGGUUACAGCGGCCAUGCUCCGUCUCUCUCCCCCCAGGGGCUGGAGGGAGCCGUGGGCGGUCACUGGCCAGAGAGCAGCGAGCUGGGCCGGCCACCUGCUCAGCAGGGUCCUGAGCCUUCCGGGGCGCCCGUGCUGGAGCGCGUCCUUCACAACCACACUUACUCCCUCGGGCCGGGUCUGCCGGCCCCCGAAGCCCUUUCUCCGUGCCUCCCGAGGUCCCAGGACGGACGAGGCAGCGGCUACCCCCGUGCCCGGGAGGGUGCCCUGAGCCAGGACGAGCGCCACGCCAAGACGCUGCGUCUCCCCUUCUCGGUGGAGGAGAUCGUCAGCAUGCCCGUGGACUCCUUCAACAGCGUCUUGGCCAAGAGCUUCCUGACGGACACGCAGGUGUCCCUGCUCCGCGACAUCCGAAGGAGGGGCAAAAACAAAGUGGCGGCUCAGAACUGCCGCAAGCGCAAGCUGGACGUGAUCCUGAGCCUGGAGGAGGAGGUGUGCGGCCUGCAGGCCAGGAGGGAGAGCCUCGCCCGCGAGCGGGCCCAGUGCCGCAGGGCCCUUCACCUCAUGAAGCAGAAGCUCCACCACCUCUACCAGGAUGUUUUCAGUAGGUUACGAGACGACCAGGGCCGGCCCGUCAACCCCAACCUGUACGCUCUCCACUGCGGCCAGGACGGCAGUGUCCUGAUUGUGCCCAAAGAACUGAUAACUUCCAGUCUCAAAAGAGACGCUCAGAAGGAAAAGGAGAGAAAAUGAGGGGGGUUCUAGGCCGCGGGCUUCUCCGGGGGAAAGGUUACCCUGGGGAAGGACUGGGGAAAGCGGCUUCACGGAGAUGGUCAGUCCUGGGGCCCGGCCUGGCCCGUGGCAGCCGGCCGCUGCUGUCCAAAUGUACCCCUACUUGAAUGAACCGAUUCCCUCAAGAGACCGACACACGAGCCCUUCCACUGCAGUGCCCAUUGCUAGAUGGGGCAGCCGUAUUUUGCAGCAGAUCCUCUUGUGGUCGGUGCCACGCCACCACCAACCUUCCCUUCCCUCCCAAAGAGGGGGUAGAGCAGAAUUUCUGAGUCAGAUAGAGGCAGUGAAAGCCACCGAGGCUUCGUGGGUAGAGGCCACAUCCUAGAGGAAGGUGGUCACUUUCAAGCAAAAAACAAAUCCUUUAUGUUGGAAAAAGAUUCCCUAUUUUCAUAGGGAGGAGCCUCUUGAAAUUCAAAGUGAUCUUUUGUCCUUGUUAUUUAUUAUCCUUUGCGACCCCAUUUGGGCAAAGAUACUGGAAGGAUUUGCCAUUUCCUUCUUCAGCCUAUUUUGCAGAUAAGGAAACUGAGGCAAACAUGGUAAAGUAACAGAGUCACAGUUAACGAGUAUCUGAGGCCAAAUUUCAACUCGGGUCUUCCUGGCUGCCCCAAAGUGACCUUAGUUGUUUUUUCAGAUUUUUUUUCUCAGUUAGUCUGUUAGCACUGGAGCCCAACAGUCAGCUUUUCCAAAGCCACUUUGACUUAAAAUUUUUGUGAAUAACUAAUUUAUUCUUUCUCUUCUAUAAAAAUAAAUUAUGUAUUUGUAGAAAACUAGGUUUUCUUUUUGUCCCCUCUGAAGAUGUCCUGGUGACUAUUCAGACUUUUAAUCUAUAUAUUUAUACUGAAAUCUUGAGCAAACUGGCAAUGCUGUUUCUUUUGUUACUUUUAUUUCCUGCAACUUCUUUCAGGCCUGCCCUAGGAACAGGCAGAAUUUUCACAGCUCUCGGGAAGGUGCUUAAUUAUAGAGCAAUAGCUUUUUUUUUUUCCUAAACACCCGAUCUGAUUUUUUUGCUACUCUAAGAAAAAGUAUUCGGUUGUUACUCGGGCGGCCUUUGGUAUGGCGCUUUCUUUGGAAACUCCUUUUUAAAGGCCGGAUUUUCCAGUGAAACAGACUUCGAAACCAAAACAAUCUGCUUCUGCGAUUGAAUUUGGGUGACAUGGACGGCUCGACACUAGAUGUUGUUUUUUAAAUGAUGGUAGAGACAGUCCUUAUUUCCAAAGUUUUGCCAUGUGCCUAUUUCUUUAAACUACUUUGUUGUGAAUUAAGUAAUCUCUUCAUAAGUAUUUUUUGUUUCCAGAAGCUAUUGAAAAUGUUUUUAAGGGCAGCUGGGGGUGCAGUGGAUAGAGCACCAGCCUUGAAGUCAGGAGGACUUGAGUUCAA